AUCAGACAGACGGGCAGCAGACAGAAGAAAAGCAGACGGAAGAGCAGCAGAGCGAAGAGCAGACCGAAGAGCAGACAGAGGAGCAGACAGAGGAGCAGACAGAGGAGCAGACAGAGGAGCAGACAGAGGAGCAGACAGAGGAGCGGACAGAGGAGCAGACAGAGGAGCAGACAGAGGAGCAGACAGAGGAGCAGACAGAGGAGCAGACAGAGGAGCACACAGAGGAGCACACAGAGGAGCACACAGAGGAGCAGAGUGAAAAAGAAGAUCUCAAGGAGCCCGAGCAGACACCCAGUCCAGAAGAAGACGCCAUGCAACCAGACGCACAGCCUGUUACGAACUGGUAUGAUACCCUGUCAUUCUGACCGGGUACUUACUCUUCUCCUAAGUUUUCUUCCCCUCUUCCCCCUUUUCCAAUCCCCCUGUCGAUGCUGCAAACUACACAUUUGGUGGGAUAUUGCUAAAAUGAAAAUAAGAAACAGAUGCAAAAAGUUUUCUAAACGCUUAGCAAAAGAAAAGAGAGAGAAACGCACCACUUUGGAAGAAAAGCUCCAACGGGCAACAAUUUCUCUGGAACAAAAGGAAAAAGAAACUGUUCCCUUGAUUAGACGAGAAAUUGAAGAACUCGAUCUUAAUAAUAUUAACAGUGCACGUAUUAGAGCAAAAGCCCUUGAAUACCAAUCCAAUGUGAAAUCUUCCCGCUACUUUUUCAGCCUUGAAACUUCACGUCAGUCUAAAAAAGUGAUCCGUAAGUUAAAAACACCAGAUGGUAGGGUAAUACAGGAUGGUAGGGACCUGCUUGGCUGCAUUGCUAAUUUCUACGAAUCCCUCUAUUCCCCGAAACCCAUUGAUAAUGAAAAACAGAAUGAAAACUUUUGUCCCCGAAAACUUUAA